GUAUCGGGUCUGGAGGGGCGUAGAAAGGAGGCCAUAUUGUACAGUUGAAUUGAAAGAAGGAAAAUAAUUGUAUCGCCGUAGCGAUCUGCUCGCCGUCCGCGCACCGCCCUUGGCUUCCCUCUGUUUUUUUCGUCUCGUAUCGUUUUGCGCGACGGCGUUUGCCCGUAGUCGCGUGCCGCGACAGCCGGACACGGGAACAAAUUACGGGGGAUAGUCGGCGGCUCCUAUCCUGUCGUGUGGCCUCCUGUCUCUCUUUGUAUAUAAGCUGAACACAUCGCCAGCGGUAGUACGGUUCCGACGACCCUAGGGACAUCCGACGUUGGCUUGUUGAAAGGUGCUUGUUGCUUGUCGCGAUCGAGAUGGGCACUCGGGACGACGAGUACGAUUAUUUAUUUAAAGUUGUUCUCAUUGGAGAUUCUGGAGUAGGGAAAAGUAAUCUUCUAUCUCGAUUUACAAGAAAUGAAUUCAACUUGGAAUCAAAGUCUACUAUCGGAGUCGAAUUUGCAACGCGCAGUAUACAAGUAGAUGGUAAAACUAUUAAAGCUCAAAUUUGGGAUACGGCUGGGCAAGAACGCUAUCGUGCGAUUACUUCUGCAUAUUAUCGCGGAGCUGUCGGUGCACUACUUGUAUACGAUAUUGCGAAACAUCUGACGUAUGAAAAUGUAGAAAGAUGGUUACGAGAAUUACGGGACCACGCUGAUCAGAAUAUUGUGAUCAUGUUAGUGGGAAAUAAGUCAGAUUUAAGGCAUCUGCGUGCUGUUCCAACUGACGAGGCUAAGGCGUUUGCUGAGAGGAAUGGCUUGUCUUUCAUUGAAACAUCAGCUUUAGAUUCUACUAAUGUUGAGACAGCGUUUCAAAAUAUAUUAACAGAAAUAUACAGAAUCGUAUCGCAAAAACAGAUACGAGACCCACCUGAAGGUGAUACAAUCCGGCCACAGAACGUAGAACAAAUUGAAGUCAAACCAACGAUGAAUGCCGAGGGAAUGCGUAAGCAGUGCUGCCAGUGACUCACCUUGUUGCUUAAAAUAAGCACUCAAAUGGAGGAAGGAAAAGCGGAAGUACUAGCUGAUGGUAGAUAUAACAGAUGCAUAACAGAACAAGAGUUAAGACUAUAUGCACAAGCAUGUAAUCUCGUAUGCUAGAGGAGGUUUUAUUCUACCAUCUUUACAAGAGAGAGCACAUCCAAUCGAUUCAUAUGAGAGUAUACAUUACAUAUUUGUGGAACUAAUCAAGUAAGGAUAAACGUGAAAAAAAAAUUGUAUAAUUGCUAUAAGCAUGAAUACAAAUGUAUCUAUCUUUGUCCGCGAAAAA